AGGCACCCGACCCACGCUCAUUCCUAGCGGGGCCAUCAUAGUGAACGCACACAGCGUACAAUAGAGCAGCGUACCUACCAGCCCCACUCACACCUACACCCACGGAUUAUUUAGUCAUACUGCGUGUGUGAUUUUGAAUUUAUUUUACGAAGGAAAUAAUUCCGAACUUAGUGUUACCCUGUACAGAUUAUAGAUAUAUUGUGUAUUAUACAGAGGUGUGUAUUUUAGCAAGUUCUCUUAGCAUGUAACUGCAAGAGGACGGGUGGAGACGUAAGACUGUCGAGUGGAGAGUUGACAUCUUAGCACCCAUAUGAAUUGAUGGCACUCGCGCGUCUGGGCCCCUGAGCUCUCAUAGACGCAUUGUUUUGAUUCGUCGAACCUUGAACCUCAAGGCUUGAUGGACACAAUCAUCCAAAGAUGAAGUGUGUUUAUAUUGAGCAGUAAGAUUGGUGGGUGAAGAUAGCACUUGCGAAGCCCCUGGAGGAGGUGGAAGACGUCAGGGGAGGAGUGUAAGAGUGAAGCCCCACCAGGUGAAGCAGCCACUACGUCAGGUGGCAGGUAGACAGUGCUCCUCCCGUACCCAACAACAACCACAUCGCUGCACUCCAGGAGUCCACCUCAACCGAAAAGUCCGACUCACCCGACAAAACGUCACUACGAGACGACCUCACUCCCGAAGCAUCACUCAACGAGAUCUUCAUUCGAAAAGACCUCAUUUCGAGAUCUCGAGACCUCGUUCAACGAGAACUCUAACUCGAAAAGGCCUCAUCACUGCGAGGCCUUACCCAACGAGACAACGUCACCACGAUAGUGAGAGACAAGCCAGGAAGUGUGUUGUGCCCAGGGUCUUCCCUAACACCCCUGAGGACCGCAGCCACAGAGGCGCGACCAUCUCUUACCUUCUUAAUUUGAAGCUCAAAUGGAGAACUUCAAUUAGCCUUAACUGCAGUUUCAACGCCAACCUCUGAACCGAGGAAUCUCGACCGAAUCUUGGCUGAAAUCGCCGAUUAUGUGUACGAAUUUAAUUUAGAACACCUUUUCAGUGUACUAGAAGACAUUAAAGUGUUCAUCUUACUGCCUGAAAAAAAAAAAAACUUUUACGAAGGAAAACCAUAAGUGAAUCGAAGUGUUGUAUAUCCAUACUUUAACCUCUGGAUUACCAUACACUUCACUCCAGCACGUCAGGAAUACAAUCAAAGGUGGAGCGACUCUCAGAGUACGAGCAGUACUUCGCCUCUCUGCUGGUGGACACUCACCCAGACCAUCCAGACCGUCACCACCUGGCCAACCACCAUGACACACUCACUCAGCUGGUGAGGCGCGGGGAGGAGGAGGAGAGUGAGUUGGAGAGGAUCCAGGAGCUCUUCCCUCAUGACGACCUACGUCUGCACGAGCUCUCCCCAGUCACCCAGAAGAUGAAGGGGCUAAUGAGGAAGCGGUCGACGACGGCGGCGCGGCUGCAACGAGCCUUCAGUGCCAAGGGUCUACGAGGGCCCAGCGGCGACCACCAGCACAACAACAACAAAGACACCGCCAACAACAACAACAAUAGCAGCAAUGGCACCACCGGGGGUGGGUUACCCCCUAGCAGGACGAGGGAAGGACGGCCCAAGAGACAGUUCAUCAUGGAGACUCCUGUUACCUUCACUACCGGAGUACAGUCACAGGAACGGCACCUCUUCCUCUUCAGCGACCUACUGCUGGUGGCCAAGGCGAGAAGUGGAGGCAACUUCAAACUCAAAGAGAAGGUGCGGGUAUCGGAGAUGUGGCUCUCCUCCUGCCUUGACGACGUGGCGGAGGUUGCAAAGAGUCACGACACCUCCUUCGUCAUGGGCUGGCCCACCACCAACGUCGUCGCCUCCUUCAGUUGUGUAGCCACUAAGGACCUAUGGUACAACAAACUUUGUCAAGUGAUGACUGAAGAGCGGGACAAGGAGCCGCCUUCGACCACUAUCCAGGUCACCUACUACGACCCCGUCAACAACAUCGACUUCAGCAAGAUGGUGAGCAUCAGUUCAACUACCACUGCACGAGAGUGUGUAGCUCUCACCUUAGAUCACCUGGAGAUGGGUGGGGCAGAUGGCUCUCAAUUCCAACUAUGGGUCAAAACUGGCCUUGAUGACUCCCCAUACCCUCUCAUAGGCCAUGAGUACCCUUUCGCCAUCAAACUCAACUGCGUCAGAGACCUUUUGCAGGACUGCGACACUGAACAGUGUAACAACCUGUAUAACACAGAACUGGUUACCCGCUGUCAGUUCAUCCUUCGACAGGCUCGGAAACUCUCCUUCGAGUCCCCUGAGGGAAUGAAGAAAGUCUCUAAGAAGGCUCGCAAAUCCCCCAUUAGGAUUCACCGGGUGUUUAAGAGGUCUAACAGCAAAGGGGAGCCCAUGGAUGGGAACGUUACCUCGUGUACUGGUGCUCUGUAUGGCCAAUCCCUCGUCAAGCUGGUUGAGCCAGAGAAUAUAUUGCCCAAACCUAUCAUGGAGAUGCUGUCACAGCUGUUCCUGAAAGGGCCAUUCACAGUGGGCAUUUUCCGUAAGUCAGCCAAUGCACGGCUUGUUCGGGAACUAAGGGAGAAACUUGAUAUGAAUGAGGCAGAUGGUACUAUUGACCUCGACAAUGUGCACAUAACGGCUGUUGCAGCACUCCUGAAAGAUUUCCUUCGUUCUAUGCCUGACUGCUUGCUGGUUGCUGAUUUAUAUGAGGAGUGGCUGGAGCUGUCACAAAUUGACGGCUUAAGAGAGCGCAUUUCGAGGACUCUUCUCUUGUGCUCUCGGCUACCCCGUGCCCACCUCAUCCUUCUUCAGCAUUUUCUUUGUGUGCUGUACCACAUUGUUCGACGUGCCUCUGAAAACAUGAUGUCUGCAUCUAACCUUGCUGUGUGUGUUGGACCAUCCAUUUUGUGGCCAUCUUCCCCAGUCUUAGCACUCAGUCCAGAGGCCUCAAAACAGGUGCCAGCUGUAGUAGAGUUUCUCAUUGAGAGAUGUGGGGAUAUAUUUGGGGAAGAUAUGCUCCACUUAUUGGGUGAACCUCCAGAGCGAGAUCCCAUGAGACAAGACAGUGGAGCAGAGGAAUCAGACAGCCUGCACAGCCUUCACAGUGGCCAUAGUCUGCACAGUUCCAGCGGCAUGAGAAGAGAUGAUAGCAGUAUUGACUCCUUAGAGCGAGAGCUGCUUGUAGAAGGUGAACUGUCUCCGCUGCCUCGUAAGGACAAGAUGUCUCUGACCAACUUGAGCCGUGACUCUGGUCUCACUAUGAGUGACUCACAGCUUUAUACGCCUGAUGAAGAAGAGAGCGAGUCCACCAGCUCUGGCCACUCUGGGGCUGACAAAAGUGUCAGCAAUUAUAGCAGUGGUGGCCAUUCAGAGCGCUCUGCAGAUCGCUUUCAACAUUAUACAGCUCCUAACAAUCCUAAUGCAAUAUAUGCAGCUGUAUAUCGUCGACCUGAAAAGCUUCCUGUAGGCUAUGAUGACCCAGAAAAUUAUUAUGCUGCACCCAGUCGUGAACAUGCUCGGAUACAAAUUACAUAUUCUACACCUGGAUACUCUCAGGGACCUCCAGUCCAAGGCAAGGAAUACACUAGAGUUUACCAAAGCCGCCAGGACAGGAUGAGCGAUGUCUAUCGGAAAAGUCAAGAAGAGGAGUCCAUAUACAGUGUGCCAGCUGGAUCAUCAGGCAGCAUUGUUAACCCUCCCCCCUUUGUUGUUAACUCCAAUUUCCAGCGGCACGACUGGAUGCGACGUCGAUCAAAUCUUCGUAGAGUAUCUCGCUCAAGCAGUGGUGAUGGAGGACUGGUAAGAUCCACAUCAGAAGAGUCUCUCCUUAACAAAUAUAAUGGCCUUGAUUAUGGUAUUUCUUUAAGUCCAGUUGGUGUUGCCAACAAGAGACCUGCACAACAUGGGAAAGGUCGAGCUCCUCCACCACCUCCGGGUGAAGAAAACGAAAACUGUCCUGGACCUGGAGGUCGAGAGUCUCCUAUCAGGAGGUCUAAGUCUGCCCAUUAUCUAAUGGAACCAGCACGAGAGGGUGACAAAUUAGGGCGCUCUCCAGACGACACUCUGGCUGUUUCUCGAUCAUCAUCAAAUGAUGCUGUUGCGUGGCAGCGCUCCCGCUCCACUCCUCAAAUACAUGAUGAGGCUGACCGCUCUUAUGAUUCAUCCACUUUGAGUGAUGACGAUUCUACUCCACAUGUUUCACGGUCUAAUUCCAGAGGAAAAGAAUAUAGAGGGGGUGGACUUAAUGCCUGGGAAGCAGUUUAUGGCACAGAGAAUACACCCUCAGAUUCCGGUGAAUCACACAACUCUCGCAACUCAUCUUUCAAGAGUGAGCGGACGGGUAGUAUGUGUACAGUUGUAUCUGCAGGAAGUACCACAACUCUUGCCUCAAACCCUCCGUCUUAUGAAGAGGCUCUCAGCAGACGUUCUCUCAUGUUCCGAGGUGGGCAACAACAAGGUCACCAAGCACAAGGAUCUCCUGGUAGAGAUGGACACUUUCCUGAAUUUGCCAUAAGAGAGGAAAAAAUGAAAUCUGCAAGAGCUAAACAGUUAUAUGAAGAGUCACUGAGAAUAUAUCAAGAAGAAAAUACCUAUCCAGGAGACUUGGUACGUGCUUCUCCAGCACAAGCAGAAGACAGUGAUGAAUAUGAACGGCCGCCACCUCUGCCACCUAAAUCUGAACCACCACCACUACCUCCUAAGCAGCGUGGAAACCGCAGAGUAAGUGAUGGUUUAGGUCGUCUCAAGCACCUUCCACCUGUACAUGUAGAGACACAUGCUCGCAAGUCCCGCUCUGUUACCUCUCUUCCGACCUCAUAUGGAUGUGAUCCACCUUAUCACAAAACUAUUAUAUAUACAGAUGAUAGUCCCCCAUCACUACCGCCUAAAGAACGUACAGUUAUUGAAAUUGACUCUGCAUAUUCUCAAUAUUCCGAGUCUCGAGUAAGGCAGACCACAAGUCGAGCCGUAUCACCACCCAGGGUAGAAAAGAAAAGUAUAGAGACUCAAACAGAUGACUAUGAUCUCGAUGAUGAGGUAAAAGAUGAGGGUAUCCAAACAUCGGGGUCUUGGGUAGUAGAGCCUCAUGUGACGUCUGUAUCUGUUACUGACUCCAACUCACAUAAUGAUAAGCGUCGAGGCAGAGCUCGUAGGCGAGACUCAUCAGCGUCUCACCGCAGCAAAAGUGUCCCCACCCGUGAGACUUGCCCUUCUCAGCACCCUGACUCUGAUGGUGAUGGAGAAGAGGAAGAGUGGGACUGCCAUACCACACCGUCCUUGCAAGACUUCCCCGGAGGUCCUGCUGCACUUCAUGACCUACGUAAGCUUGACUCUGAGCUCAGGCAAGAAAUUAGUUGGUCAGUAUCGCAGCUUCGAGCAAUAUUUGGCGAAACACUUAAAGGAGCUAAAGUUCAUCCACCUCCAUAUCGCCCGCCGCCACCUUCUGCCCACCGUGCCCCCAUCACCUCAUAUCACCUGGGGGCGGGUGAUACUUUUACCUCUCGAAAGUCACGUCCUCAUUCUAAUUAUGGAGAGGAGUCCUACGUUUAAUAUGCAGGAGCUCCUCUGCCUCACUUCGCCCACCGCGCUUACUACACUUAGCGGCCAUGCUGCGCUGCAUACACCGCCACAACUAACACUAGCCGACUCUCUGUUAGAUUACUUCUCUAACGUACUAAAUGCUCAAGAUCAUAAGGCUUUUAUUUGUACAUUAUUUGUAUUAUAUUGUGUACAUUUUGUACAGAGUUACGCUCUAAGUCAUACAAGUAAGGACCUCAAAUAUUAACUGUUAUCAAAUAUGUGAGUGGUGGGGUACUGCUGGGGACUUCCCCCUACUCCCCACAACCCUGCCCACUACACUUCACCAAACUUUUGUAAAUUACUAUUACUAACUGUUCAAUAAUUGUUUAUAUGUUGUUAAUAAAAUUUGAGAUUUUA